GCGUUGCACCUCUUGCAGUGGAACCGAGCUGCUGCAGCGACUCUGCACCGUCAGGACUCAGAGGAUCCGGGAGGAGGAGGCAGGAGGCUGCGAAGCUUCGGUCCAGACUCGCGUCGUCGCCUCAGUUCGUUCUGCUCGAUCGUCGCGUCGCCUCCUGAAAACCUGAAUCUCCUGCGGGGACACGAUGCCCAUCAGCCCGCAGCUUCCUGAGGACUAGGACCAGAGCGAGCCGCGCCGUCAGCUUUUCUUCAACACGCAGCUUCUUCCGAUGACCACCAGUCCCAGGGCCGCCCAGACGACGUCCAGCAGCAUGGAGGAGACGCAGCAGCCCGAGCAGCCAAUCAGCACGCAGCCAGACGACACCGUCGUCACAGCUCAGCCGGCCGGAGCCGAACACGGAGCCGCCUCCUCGACAACAGACGCACCUGAGGAGGGACCAGCCAUGGCUCACCUGACGGUGAUCAGCGAGGACACGGAGACCAGUAACGGUAUCAGUCCAGUGAUGGUCGACUCCUUGCCCACAGCGGCCUCUGUGUCGCCCAAGCUGUACGCUAAGCCAGGCGGACACGCCAAUGGCCGUCCAGGUUUGGGCAGCCGGUCCGGCUCGUUAGCGGCGGGCUCCCCCAGGCCCUCGCUCACCCGCCAGCCCAGUGCCCUCACAGAGGCCGCUGUGGACGGAUCCAAGCCGAGGGACUACCUGUUCCUCUCCAUCCUGUCCUGCUUCUGCCCGCUGUGGCCCAUCACCAUCGUGGCCCUCACCUUCUCCGUGAUGUCCCGGAACAGUCUGCAGCAGGGCAACAUCGACGGGGCUCGACGUCUGGGUCGCAACGCCAUGAUUCUGUCCGUCGUGUCCAUCUUGGGCGGGAUCGGCAUCAUCGCUGCAGCUAUCGCCCUCAACUGGGGUCUCAUAUUAAAAUCCUGAUGAAAUGAGCUGCAGUGGCGAGACGGACUUGACGACAUCAUCUCAACCGACACGACGGCGCUCCCUCACCUUCCUGAUGCAUCGUUCUUCAAGCGCCUGCAUCAGAUAUGAAAACUGUGCAGGCGCUUGAAAACAGGAACCGACAGAAAUCUGUUCCUGUUCUUCACUGUUGUUUUAGUUUUUUGCUGCACGACGAGCAUGGUCCACCUGACACUCUACCUCCAACACGACCGACCCACCAGAACCAGAACCAGAACCAGAACCAGAACCAGAACCAGAACCAGACUGCUCCCGACACCGACGCACAACCUGGAUAUGGAUUUGGCAGAAAUGAACCGUCACCAUGCUCACGCCUCAUCUCACUCUGCGGUAGCAGCUUCUCUCGUCCUCGGACAUCUUUGUCUCGCUCCACUUUCUCCCAAUGAUGAAAAAGGUGUGUCCGUUGUCAUUGAAAUGGACAUUUGUCUCCAUGGAAACGGGAUUACCUCUUAAUGAGUCUGGUUUGGCAUCGCAGCCAACUGGAGGAGGUGGUUGUUCCCACUUUUUGAUGCCAAAACAAAUUGAGACUCAGCUGAAGUGAAACUGGGACGACGCUGCGGUGACGAAGUGUCAGGAGACAAAGAGACAAACGCAGCGACGUGGUCUGAGAAAGUGUCCACUCGUUCCUGUUGGGUUUGUUAUGCACACAGAUGAACACAGUGCUGCCUCCUGGUGGUCACAUUAGAGAAACCGAAGUCUUGACGUCAGCUCUGUUCCACCAGCUUCUUUCAUCCAUCGCAGCAUGUUCGUGGAGUUUACUUUUCAUAUCCUGACACCUUCCACUACACUUAAAUAAUAAUGGGAACUGAAACCGCAAAAAAAAAAAAUCAAAAGCUUCCAUGAGGUGGCGCUCACCUCGCUGAAACUCUGCUGUCUAAAUGUUUCCACAGCGUUCACGUUUGUCCUGCUGCCGGGACGCUCCGACGACUUAUGUCCCCGUUGAUUAAAGUGAAAUUAAAAUUCCGACUAUUACCACUAGUUGGUUCCUCUAAGACAGUCGCGUGUGGCUACGGUUAGCAGUGCUAGCACCAGCAGGCUAACUGCCACGUGCCUCCGCUGAGCGUCGCGCUGCUUGAUGACAACCUCUUCAUCAGAAUGAUGCCAAACCGCUCUGGUUUUAUCACACGUGACAUUUCACACUUUCCACCUUUCUAGUUUCUGGCUGCAGCUCCGGCUAACGGCGUUUUAGUUGAACCAACUGGUGCCAAGUAGAGGGGUUGUAACGUUAAUCACACACGUCCCUUGUCAUGACUGAACAGCGCCCCCUGUAGGCUGCUCUGUUUACCACGCUAUAAAAGAAACCUAAACUAUAAUCUAAACAAUAUUUUAGAUAAUUUUUCAUAAAGAUAACAUCCUUAUUUAAAACAUGUAAAGUGUUGACAUAAGGAUGUUGAGAAGUCCAAAGGUUGGAUAGUGAAUAAUAUGAGGGGUUUUUUUAACGUCUUGAACAGAACCUGGAAUUUCCCGCUUCACUUGUGCUGCUAAUCAUUAACCUCACAAGUCUUGAAUCUGUGGGAAAUUAUGUUUGCUAAAAGCUGCUGAAAACAGAAAAAACAUAUGCAGAUAUUAAAUUGAGGAGUUUCUGAUCACGUUGCUCGUGUUUGAGUCCGGCGGGAGGACGCUUGUCACUGCUCAACUCCGCAAUCGAUCUUAAAAUUUGACUAAAAUUGCCCAAUUUUUACCCCCUAAUAAAUACCAAAAAUGUAUUUCAUAUUGCCCAACAAUUGUUGGGAUUUUGUACAAAAUACCCAAAUGGUGUUAUUACUGUACUCUCUUAAUUUGCUUAGAAAGACUUCUGAAGCAUUUAAGGUACAGUACAAUACAGUACAUACUCACUGUAUGCAGUACAUACUCACUGUAUGCAGUACAUACUCACUGUAUGCAGUAUAUACUCACUGUAUGCAGUAUAUACUCACUGUAUACAGUAUAUACUAAUCGUCAUGACAUACUGUCACUAUAAACAAAAAUGAACAUACCAUUUUUGUGCUAACAGGAAAAUAGAGCAAUACUACCGUUUGUGUCAGUGGACGUUCAUAAACUUGACUUUUAUUUGAAUCCUUCUAUCAGUUCAACGUAAAGUUUCCAAAGACUUAACUCUGUCUGCACCUGCACACGAAGGAAGGCGCCGUGUUCGCCUGCGCUAACGCUCACGAGCUAACGCCGUGGCGCUAACGCCGUGGCGCUAACGCUCACGAGCUAACGCCGGUGCUGUGGAACUACAUCAGGAGACCAGGCCUUCACCUCCCACAUCCUGUGCAUGUUUACAAUAUUUAUUACCGAAUGCUUUACGUAAGAUGCGGCCUCAGUUAGCGGGAGAGCUAACGGAAUAGCACUUUGUAAAUAAGCAGUAUUAAGAUAUUGUCCCUGUUCUCUCUGUAUCGACACGGACAGUGUAACUGACCCACAACCAACUUGCACACGAACUGAGGGUUGUUGUUUUUUAGAAAUCGUCGCUCCUGUGGGGAGAAAGUGCGGCGCAGUGACACGUUUGAAAUUUGCACCAAUCAGACGGCGUCUCUGUGCAGCGGUGGGACGGGGGUAUAUAGAUGACGCGAGGCGUCCGCAUUCAGCUGGUUUUCAGCCAUUUUCAUAUUUUACAUUUCCAUAUUUAAAAUGUUUCCAAUUGUAACGACGACUGGAACGUCGACACGAUCAAGUCAAUAUGAUCCGAACGCAACAGAAGGACGCCUCCGUCCUGCUCCCACCUUCGCUCCGCCCACAACUGUACUGUAUGUAGCAUGCCUGUUUACUAAUCACAUUAUGCAAAGAAUAAAAAUAAUAUUGCCCCAGCUCAGUGUCGGUACGAAUGCUAGCUUGUCAGAUUUUCUGCUAUGACGGUGUACUGCCACACGUGUUGUGUGGAACUUGCUUGCGCUACCUCUCAGAGUUGUGUCAUCAACUGCACCUCACAUUGUUUCACUUGGAUGAUUUCAACCGACUGUUAAAUCACUUGCGCUACCGUUUGAUUUGGAUCUGUUGUGUUAUCGUUGGAAAGUUUCACGACUUACAUUGUAAUCAUGAUGUUUAUGUGCAGGAUGUUACAAUGGAUACAGUCUUCCACCUCCAAUUCAACUGGCACAGUAUCUGUAACUAGAGAAACAAAUAUAGUUUGAGUGUGUGUGUACAAACAUACAUAUAUUAAAAAUGGUUGUCUUAGACUAAUGGUGCGUUCACACCAAACCGAAGAAUGUUUUUUGCAUGAUGAGAUUAGAUAGAUUGAUGAACAACAGCAGCAGAUAUCAGACUCACAACACAUCUUACAAAAUAAAAGAAAUUCAAAUUUCGCAAAAUUUGAAUGACGCAACGCAAAGACGUGAAAUUUGCGUCUUUCGCUUCACUUGCUCGAGUUGAAACAUUUGAACUCGAUUCACAUUUUAACUUGAUUCAUAUUUUAACUCGAUUCACAUAUUUGAGCUCGAUUCCCGAAGCUAGUGACGUCCACGUCCCAAUGAGAAUGGGCCAAUAUCUGGCGGGUUGUGUUUACUCACGUGAGAAACACAACCCGCCAGAUAUUGCUCCGUGUUUGGUAUGAACGCAAAGUUCUCAGUAAGUUUUCAGUGAAAUCAUCGUCCAUCGGCGAGAAAAGGUGGAUAUUUGUACAAGUGGGGCCGUUUGUUUUUAUAUGUAAUUAUAUUAGGGACAAAAAUGUAAAAUUCAGUCUUUGAUUAUGAAAAAUCCACAGUAUGUGAAACAAAUUAGUCUCAAAAGAUCAAGGUCAAAUUUCCCCAAAUCUUUUUUGUAAAACGCCCUGUCGCCUUUUCAGCUAAAUCAAUGUAAAACCAAGUGAGGAAUUAUGUGCGAGAGAGGUGCUAGUUAGCUUUGGGCUAGCUUAGCACAACGACAGGACAACGAGGUGCUAGUUAGCUUUGGGCUAGCUGUGAGUUGUGGAGCCCUGACGUUCACAUUUAACACUUUGUGUUGGUGUCUUGUCACUUUUUACUCUUGUUUACCGUUUUCAUUUCUUUUGUAAAAGCUCCUUUGAGACCUUAUUACCUUUGUAUUUUUAUAUUUCUAUUCUCAUUCUCUGGGUCUCUUUUGUAUUAACAUGGUGAUCUGCUGUUUGUGACGCUUCCAUAUUAACCUGCUUCCUGCUUGCUCUUUUUAAAUGGUGAAGUGGGGGGGGACGCUGUAAGCAUGAGUACACGUCAUUAUGUCCUCCUCUUGUUGUCGACUGCUGUCACCAGACACUGGACUCUUUUUGUGCCUGUGCAUGCCGUAAAAUGACUAUACUUUACGAAGCAUACAGAAUGACAAUGGAUGUACACAACACAUAAAGACACUGUUGAUCUUCA